AUGCAAAGAUCGAUUCUGAGCUUCUUUUCAAAAGCGUCCGAAAAGCAAAAAGAGGAAAGCGGGAAAGCAAAUGAGGAUUGUGGUACUUGCUCUAGUUCCCUUAUUGAAGACCAUGCACCGAAGAGGCCAAUUACUAAUGGUAGUGAGAGUGAUGAAUGUUCUCCGAUUAAAAGAACUGUUUCGAAGAAAAGACGUGUUAUUGUCGAAUCUAGCGAUGAGGAGGAAUUUGAAAAUUUACCUGUCAUUUCAAAAUCUUCCCGUUAUGAUAAGUCGAUCGCAGAUCUCUAUUCAUGUACAAAUAAAAGUUUCGGAAAAGACGUUACCAACUCUCCCAAAGCUGUUUGCUCUCCAACUCGAAGCAAGUCCCUAAUGUCGAAGUCACUAAAUAAGAGCUUGCUCGAUGCGUCCGCCCCCGAUUCCCUAAACAAUUCAAUGGCGGAAUCCAGUUUCACAAUGGAUCCUUUGGAAGAAAAUCGAGAUCAAUCUUGGCCUCACUUAACGUAUCCAUUUCUGCAACCGGAUCGUAUCAAAGAUGCUUCUGGUCGAAGACCAAAUCAUUCCGAAUACGAUCCAAGAACUCUCUUUGUUCCGGAGGAUUUCCUUCGUAAGCAAUCACCGGGUCUUCGACAAUGGUGGAUUCUCAAGUCACAGAAUUACGAUACUCUUCUCUUCUUCAAGAUGGGAAAGUUUUACGAACUCUAUCAUAUGGAUGCUGUUGCUGCAGUGGAGGAAUUGAAGUUGUCCUACAUGAAGGGAGAAUUGGCUCAUGCGGGGUUUCCGGAAAUCGCUUUCCAGCGGAUGGCUAAUCGGCUCCUUCAAAAGGGUUACAAGGUUGCUAGAAUCGAGCAAACCGAGACCCCCGAAGGAAUGGCCAAGCGAACAUGUGGUCGAACUGGUGCUGACAAGGUUGUUCGACGCGAAAUCUGUCAGAUUAUUACUCCUGGGACCUGGUUUGCUCCUCUUCGAAAUGGCAUCUCUCCCGAGAGUAAUGUUCUCGACACUUCGGUAUCUGUUGCUUCAUCCUCUCAAGGUGCCAGUCAAUCCGAGAUUGAGACUGAUCUGAGUUAUAAUCGUCAUCUCAUGGUCAUUCUUGAAGCUUCCGGGAAGGAGAAAUCAGAGACUCACUUUGGUGUUGCUCUUCUAAAAGCCACAACUGGAGAGAUUUUGAUUGGCCAAUUCUCAGAUGACGUUCAUUAUUCGCGUCUAUGUACAACUAUUGCCCAUUUCCCUCCCUCACAGAUUCUAUUUGAACGAGGUAACCUGAGUAAUAAGUUGCGACGUAUGCUGAAAGCACGUCUUCCCAGUGUUCCAUUUGAAGGUCUUGCCAGUGGGAGGCAAUUCUUCACAGCUCGUGAAACAAUCUGCACCCUGGAAUCGGGCAGUUACUUCAGUCUCACAGCCAAUGCCGGCCACAAAGGUCCCCAAGAAUCUACCAUGGCUCACCACUCCUCUAAAGCCGAUUGUUGGCCAUCUGAUCUUUUGAAAAUGCUAGACCCUGCUGAUACGCUGGGUCGAAGCCCACUUCCUGAGUACGAGUUAGCUAUUAGAUGUCUGGGAGCAGUAAUAUUCUACUUGCGGUAUUGUCUCACGGAUACGGAAAUACUUUCCCUGGGGCUUAUUCAUGAAUAUCGUCCAAUUGAUGUAAUUUCUGAAAAUUCAGUAAUUGGUCAUUCAGAAGAGCCAUUCUAUGAAAGACAAGUAAAUAUGGUUUUGGAUAGCGUGACACUGGAGAAUUUAGAGAUCCUUGCCAGUAACUUCAACGGGACUUUGGAAGGAACUCUUCUAGAAAGACUGGACUCGUGUUGCACACCUUUCGGACGGCGUCUUUUGAGGUACUGGGUAGUUAACCCACCUUGUCAUCCCUUAGUGAUAAACGAUCGUCAGGAUGCGAUUCAAGAGCUCAUGGACCUCGCCUCUCAGCUUCAAUCUAUUCGAGAAUCUCUUCGACGUUUGCCUGAUUUAGAGCGUCUUCUCACGAAGGUUCACAUAAUGGGCUGGAAUGCCACGAGCCCGGACCAUCCUGAAUCGCGGGCUAUUGUAGUCGAUGAGAGCAUCUAUUCAAAGAGAAAGAUUAUUGAUUUUCUCCUCACUCUGGGAGGAUUUAAGUCCGCUAUUAGGAUCGUAAAGGACUUUACAAAGUUUGGAAUUAAAUCUAGACUUCUUCACUCAUUGACUUCACUGGAGGAGGAUGGAGGGAAUUUUCCAGACUACAGCCAACAAUUAGCCCUGUUUGACGAAGCAUUCGACCAUGAAAAAGCCAAACGGGAUGGAGUUAUUGUUGUCGAACCGGGUUUCGAUCUUGAGUUCGACCAGGCCUGCGAGGAACUGAAGAAAUCUCAACAAGAUAUGGAAGACUUUUUGGAGGAGCAGAGUCAUAUUAUUGGUUGCCAGUUGAGCUACAUGGGAACAGGAAAGAACCGAUUUCAAAUAGAGGUUCCAGAGUCCUACAUGUGUCGUGUGCCCGACGCCUGGGAGGCGACGGGUCAGCGCAAAGGCUUUCGUCGCUUCCGUCCUCCAGACAUCAAUAAACUAAUUGCCCAACUUGUUGCUGCGGAGGAUUCCAAACAGGAGAGCACUCGGGGUAUCAUGCGUCGUCUUUUUGCUUCAUUCUCUUCAAGCUACGCCAAGUGGCAAUCUGCAAUUAAGUGCAUAGCAGAGUUGGACUGCCUUAUGGCCCUCGCCAAUUACAGUGUCUCGGCUGCUGCUAUCGUUUGUCGUCCAAAAUUUUAUACUCUCGAUCCUGGAACCAAGCCAUUUCUCGAGAUUGAUUGUGGCUAUCAUCCUUGUUUGACGAGGAGCUAUUCAGGUGGCGAAAUCACACCAAAUAAUGUACAAUUGGGUUUGAUUCCGGGCCAAGAGGAGAAAACCACCACAGGCUUCAAACCUGGUGCUACCACCCUUUUAAUUACUGGACCCAAUAUGGGAGGAAAGUCAACACUUAUGCGGCAGACUGCUCUCUUGGCUAUUCUCGCGCACCUGGGUUGUCAAAUCCCAGCCACAAGCUGUAGACUCACUCCACUAGAUCGUAUAUUCACUCGUAUCGGAGCCUCAGAUCGCUUGAUUGCAGGCCAGAGUACCUUCUAUGUGGAACUGUCGGAGACAGCGGUGAUACUGCGUCAUGCAAGUGCAAACAGUCUGGUGCUAAUGGAUGAACUUGGUCGGGGUACCUCGACACGUGAUGGUUCAGCUCUGGCUUUGGCAGUUCUUAAAAAUCUUACUAGUUCAACUCGUGUUCGUUCUUCGGGCCCUCUGACUCUCUUCUCUACGCAUUACCAUGGACUUGUUGAGAAAUUGCAGAAGUCGGAGACAGCCGCAUUUGUUGAAGCCCUGGAUGUUGGACACAUGGUGAGAAGGAAUAUUCAGCUGAUUUUGACAUUCAAAUAUUAUUUAUAUCACUAUGGUAAUGUAUACAAAAGGUAUCGAGUAAAUGUGGGAAUAAUCCAACCCCCAUUAUUAGCACGCUCAUGGCAGCUCAAAAGGGCAGUUUUAAUUAUGAAAAGCGCGUAG